AUGCUUCGUCUUCUCUCAAGCACCGCUCGACAUUCUCAAAGAUCAGCUGAACAACCGGCGUUGGAAGCGCAGAUGAAACAUGCGCUGGCUCUCGAGGCGGACAGGUAUCGCCACGAGUACGAGCUACGCCGUGAGCAGCUGCACAAUGACGAUGCGCUGCAGCGUAGCAACUCGGACAACGACGCAAAGCUGCUCCAACAGCAACUCGAUUUCCAGAAGUCCAACCUGGAAGACCGUGAGCGACGCGUCUCCGCUCGUGAAAGAGAACCGGAACAGGUGAAACGCGCGUACGCAAGAGAUCGAGAAGCCUUGGACACCAAUUGGGACGAUCUCCAGGAGACGGCGCAGGAACGGAUUGCCAAGCUGCAGAAACAGGGCAAUACCCUCGAGGCGGAAAGGGUUCAGUUGGAAGUCGAGAAAAAACUGGUCGUUGACCAAAAAGCC